UCCUUGCAGCAGCGGCAGCGGCAGCCGGACCAAGCGGGAGCAAAACAAAUCGAGGCACGGCAAAUGGUGUAAUUCGAUCCAUCUCCAAGUCAAUCCAUCAGGCGAGCUGGAGUCUCGUUCCCUCCCCGCACUCGGCGGCUCGCGGCGCGGGGCCCACCCCCGGGCGCGGACAGCAGGCGGCGCGGGCGGCCCGGCGCGCUCGCCUGCCCGAGCGCCGCGGCCAGCGCCGCCUGGAGGCCCCCAGCCCGGCGCCGCGGCCAGGCUGACCCCUCGCCUUAGGUACGUCCUAUUCAAGUGGGACUUUCUUGCGGUCACCAGUAUUUAUGACAGAACAGAAUCAAACCCACUCGGGCCGGGAGACUUCUUCCCUUGCCCUGAGGGACCUGAGGAGCCCGUGAGCCCUCGGAGUCUCCCUGAUCUCGCUUCUUCUCCUCCAGAGAAUGAGAGCUGGAGGGAGCAGCUGGCCCUGAUUGCGGGCACGGCAGUCGUGGGCGUGCUGCUGGUGUUCGUGGUUAUUGUCAUCGCAGUUCUCUGCCUCAGGAAGCAGAGCAGCGGGAGAGAAGCUGAGUACUCGGACAAACACGGCCAGUAUCUCAUUGGGCACGGUACUAAGGUCUAUAUUGACCCCUUCACUUACGAAGACCCUAAUGAGGCUGUCAGGGAGUUUGCAAAAGAGAUCGAUGUCUCCUAUGUCAAGAUUGAAGAGGUGAUUGGCGCAGGAGAGUUUGGGGAGGUGUGCCGGGGGCGCCUCAAGGCCCCCGGGAAGAAGGAGAGCUGCGUGGCCAUCAAGACCCUGAAAGGCGGUUACACAGAGCGGCAGCGGCGGGAGUUCCUGAGCGAGGCCUCCAUCAUGGGCCAGUUCGAGCACCCCAACAUCAUCCGCCUGGAGGGCGUGGUCACCAACAGCGUGCCCGUCAUGAUCCUCACCGAGUUCAUGGAGAACGGCGCCCUGGACUCCUUCCUGCGGGUUCUGCUUGGUUUGAGGAGCAUGGCUACCCUGCAAAGGUUUCUGACUCCUGCUAAUGGCCUUAAGCCUUCAGGGCUUGAUGGAAAAACCAAUGCCUUUUCAUACCGCAGCCGGGCGUCUGGUCCUGAUUGGAGCACCUCCUCCCUUGCCUUUUGA